CCGUUCCACCACAGGAUGUCUAGGUUAUAAUUUCCGUCAGUCAAGCAAAUUGACAGGGUCGUCGAAGUAUUUCUUGUUAGCAAAGACAAGCUCUGUGAAUCUUAGCGGCAGAUCAAUGGCUGCUGUACUAAUUGUUGAGUAAACAAUCAUUGUUACUUGGAAGCAGAACAAGAAUGAGAAGUAAAACGUACAUUGCGUAAUGAGUUAUUUGUAGAGUGCUGUGGUAUAGUGUCUCCCAUUAUACAAAAACAAAAGGUACACGACCGUGUCGUGUAAAAUACAGAAGCCUAAAGUACCAAAGUAUAAAAUCAAAUCAUGCAGGUCGAUGACAUGGCCUGAAGCAACGGACAAAUGGAAUGGAAGCGACAAUUUACAAAGUAUCUCUGUCACGACCAUGUGAUUGUACAAAAUGUAGAAAUCAAACUCAACCAUAAGACAAUCACCGCAUCUUCCAACGGCUAACCUCACAAUUCGUCGGCGACGUAAAAUCAGAUGGAACAAACGAAGAAGAAAAAAUGUCACGUGCAUCUGUUGUAUUUCGUACGAGAAUAGUCUUGCAGUUGAACUGCACUUAUUCAGACAAUAGGUAGUAAAAUGAUCUUGAAUAAUCUUUAUGGAGUCCUUGACAUCCUUCUGAUCCUGAUUCCAACUUGCCACUUGGCUAAUCAACAGGAAUUCGAAGUACUUUGUAAUUAAAGCUGGAGCAGGAUUUAUAUGCGAUUAGAUGAUUAUCUUCUACUAUUGUACGUCGGUGUGACUAUAUAAAUGAUUUACUAAUCCAAUCCCUGUUGUGGACGGGUGGGUGCUCCAACGUGAACGAAGUAGAAGAAGAAGCUAUUGGGUAUAAGGAUGGUGCUCCCAUAUAAGACAGUGAUACAGUUACUUAAGGCUCUCAGUCUGAAGUCAAUCGCAAGAGGCUCAACUCACCUUGCGAAAGUAUAAUGAACCGCGCCGAGAUAAUUACCAAGCUUAGCUAAAUUAUAAUUAAAAUAUAUAGACGAUAAAGUAUACUCGAUCGUCAUGCCACGUUUUAUGAUCGACAUCGAAUUAUAAUUCAACAGUGUUGCGAAAUACUUUAUUAUACGAGUGCGACAGUUUUUGAUCUAAUUAAAAUUUAUUAUCAGUGUGCAAAGUGUUACGCGAAAGAAAUUUUAAUAGUGGAAGAGAAAUGAUAAUCUUUGUGUUUCAGUGUGUUAUAUGAAAUUAAGCAGAAUUUUUGGUGAAUUACGAAAAAAUGAAGUGCGCAACUAGAGGAGGGAGGAUUCAAAAUUGUUUUUCAUUUAUAAUAUUUUUAUCGAUUACUCAAAUCUCGACCCUGACGAUCGAUAAUCAGCUUGUAAUCAUAGCUAAUGAUUGUUACACGAGGAUAUCCAUUGGUACUAGAUUGGCCGACAAGGACGUCUUAAUCAGGACAUCAGCGGGUACAGUAACAGACUGCGAGAAUGAAUGUUCCAAGAAUCGCAACACCUGUAAAGUUUUUAGCUUUGGGAUCAGUUCAAAAGGUAACGGUACUUGUACCAUCGGAUCCAGGGUACCUAAUCCCGAAGAACUAGAUCAGGACCAGGAUUAUGAUGUCUAUAUAAGACGUCAGGAUUCACCAGAUUGCGAGCCUGAUAGACUCUACCAAUUAGGUAGUGGUGGUAAACGGCCGAGUAAUGGCAGUGCCGUCAAUGAAUUUGCCAAUGACAGGUAUCCUACUGGUUUUGGAAAUGGUAUAAAACCGCAAAAACCAAAUGGCUUUCAGUCAAACAGACCUGGACAGGAUCAAACUUAUAGGAAACCGUCAUUUAAUCAAGGAUGGUUUUCAUCCUUUGAUGAUGACAGAAGAGUCUAUGACAUAAUUAGAAACAAGAAUCGUCGACCAAAUAACAAAUCACCUAUGAGUGGUUCCAGUUUCACUUAUGAUGAGGAUCAAAGACCUUUCGAUGACGUCAAUGAUCAUAAGGAUAUUCCUCGACCUGGUGGUUUUGGCACCUUCUCCAUAGGCAGACCAUCAUCGAGUCCUGGGAAACCAGUUACUCCUAAACCUAAACCUAUAGAUGAUGAAUCAUCAUUAACUGUUAAACCUGUUUACAAUGAAGAUGGCAAUUCCAAUCCUGGUGGAUCUACUCCAGGAAAAUAUCAAUACUGGAUUGAUCACAAUUCCGGAAGUGAGCACAAUUCUGGUCAUCCAACCGGAAGUGCUUAUGGUUUUACAGGAAAUGGACACAGUCAAACCCACAACAUCAUUCACGUAUCGGAACGUCCAAGACCUGCUGGCUCAGAUCAGUUCAUUUAUGACAAAGAUAAUCCCAAUCCUGUAAAUCAUCAUGGUCCAAUCAAUUCGCACAGCUUCCACGGGUACAAUUCAAAUGACUACGAUGAUACUCAUUCUGGCUUCCCAGGAAUACUACCAGGUCAUAAACAUCACUACGAUGUCAUUGGACAUGGAAUUGACGUCUUUGAAAAUCCAAGUUCCUGUUACAGGAGACUCUUGUCCGGUAAAAGGAUCGUGGAGAUUCACAUCAGACGAGCCAUUGACUGCGAAAGAAUAGAUGACUGUAAUCGAGAAUGCGAUUCGGAGAAAGCUUUUAAUUGCGAAGGAUUCAAUUACAGGAGGAUGGGACCUGGACCAAGAGGAAUGUGCGAAUUGACAUCAGUGCCUUAUUCCAGGAUGGAUAUGCAUCGAGACUUUAUUUCUGACCCUCAUUAUGAUUAUUACGAAAAGGAUUCAAGAUGCGACCAGGAUUCUUUUGGGGACGUUUAUCAUCGACCUUCAGGAUGGACCAAUCUGUCGCCUAGACCUGGUAGUGGAUAUAGACCUAAUGAUCAAGGGGGCUAUGGACCUAGUAGAAGACCUCAGGAACCGCCUAGGCACGAGCCCAGACCUUACCUGCCUGAGAGACGUCCUGGACCAGAUAAGGGACCUAUAGAUCGGGAUCGAAGACCUAUGUCUGGUUAUGGACCUGAUCGUGACCGUCCAGAUGAUCUUUAUCAUAGGAAGCCUUAUUUACCUGAACGGAGACCUUUUGAUAUUCCUUUACCACCUGGACGGAGACCUGGUGAACCGGAUAGAGAUCAUUUUUCAGUUGGGAGACCUUAUCCGUCAAGGCCUGUUGGGUCUGUGUAUAUUGGUCCUAUUGAGGAUAAUAUGUUUCAUGGAGAUUUUAGACCCGGUCGGCCGCAUCUUCCAAAAUUUCCAGAACGGCGACCUGACUUUGGUUAUAGACCGUUUCAUGAUAUAGGAUCUAAUGAAAUUGGUCCUUACUUGCCUGAUCGUCGCAAAGACUGGGACAGAGAUUGGGGAUCUUAUGGUGGUACCUAUGGUGGCUCCUAUGGAUAUGAUACUAAUUCUGUCGGUAAAUUUCAUUUACCAAAAGAUCCUAAUCAUCAUAAACAACAUAAACGUCCACGGCCAUUUGAGAACGAUAAUUUUUAUGGGGAAUUUUACAAUUAUGGCGGUGCCUUUGGUUAUGGGGAUAACUAUAUUCCCUCGGAUAAAGACGUUCUUUAUGGUGGAUCCGGCAAGAGACACGAGUGUUCAGUUAGAUCUGGAGCUGGUGUCAAAGUUCGCAGAGGACUCGUAAGGAAAAGUUACCUCACGUCUAAUUUAGAUCAGUGCGAAAGUCUUUGCACCGUCGAAAAGGAUUUUCUCUGCAUGACAUUCUCCUACAGGUACAACUUGGCUUCUACUGCUCCUACAGAUAAUUGCCUUCUGAGUGAAAUUUCAUAUGAAGAUCUUAAUUUUUAUACUGAUCUGGAGCCUGACCGUGAUUAUGAUAUUUACACAAUAGUCGGUAAUUCAAAAUCUUGCAGUUCUGGUAAACCACCAAGUCGACGACCUCCCGAAGAAUGCUUUUGGAGAGUCAGGAGUGGUUUUGGAAUGGCACUUGAAGUAAUAAAAAAAUCGAUGUCCGUGGAUAGCCUUGGGGAAUGCGAAGUGGAGUGUGUGGAUACUCGAGGAUUUACUUGUAGAAGUUUUGUUUACAGGUAUGGACAUUUACCAAUUGGUGGUUCACCGAAUUGUUUCCUAAGUGAUUGGCCUUCUCAGGAAAUGGAUCCUUUCUCGUUGCCUGACAUGGACGGGGCAGAAUUAUACGAGAGGGGUAGUUUUGGACGAGGGUGCGAACCCUAUCCAUUUCCGCCACUAAGAAAGAAAUACGGCAGCACAGAUAAAAAACCAAGUCACAGGGAUGACUUUUGUUACUCCACUUAUCAUAGACCUUGUAAACUCACCCCUUACGCCAUCCUCUUAUCGAUUCGCGUGAAUGGUGAAACAGAAUGCCGUCAAAGAUGUUCCAGCAUGAGAGAAAAAGAUUAUGUUCCUUGUAUGUCCUUCAGCUAUAACAUUGAAAAUGAUAGAAGAAAUGAUAACUGCUUCCUAAGUGACGUUCCCAGAAGGGAUCUAAGACCUGGUCUUGAUUACAUUCAUGAUGACGAUUAUGUUCUGUAUGCUUGGAAAGAACUAGAACCAGAAUGUAUUCCACUAGGAUAUCCUGAUGUUCCUAGUCGCCCUGAUUAUCACAGUCAUGGUUUCGAAAGUCCAGGUUACAGUGAUCAGGACAAAUUUGAUUUUCAUUCUGGUGGACGACCCUCGCGUCCCCCAUAUUUCACAGAUCUUGGUCCGACCUCUGAUCAUGGACCAGGAGGAAUUGAUUACGGUAGAAAACCUGGACACGGUGGUAACUCUUAUGGACACCCUGGACCUUCUUUUGAUCAUGAUUUGAAACCAGGAGAGGGACCGUAUGGUAGUCAUGAAAUUAGGCCAGGUAGUGGUGGUAAUGGUUAUCCAGGAAUAAGACCAUUCGAUCCUGAUAGACCUGAUCCAAUAGCACCCGGGUACGGUGUAGGAAGUGGUGUUCAUGGCGGAGGUGAAGGAUUCGCUGGUUAUGGAGGUGGCGGUGGUAAUUUUGGUGGUUUUAACGGAUACGGAAGCCAUGAUGAUCACGGAGGUCAUCGCUUUGGUUCUGGAUAUGGAUCUGGAGGAAGUGACUUCAGACCAGGAAGUAGCUAUGGAGGUGAUCGAUUCGACUUAUCAUACCCUGGUGAUUUAGCAACCUUCACUCAUUACACGGUGAAUGGUCAUCCUUGUAAACGUGGUACCAAGUGUCAAAGGAACAAAGUAGCCGGUUUUUGGUCCUGCGAACCGGAAGGUGAAGAAUAUGGUUCCUGGGACUAUUGUUGCGAACCAACUCAUCAUUGCGGUUUUUCUCACGGUUACAGUUAUCCAUGGUGUUACGUGGGACCGAAAGAGAAUCAAUGGCGGCCAUGCAGUGAGCAAUACUUUCCAUAUUCAUCAAGUUCAAGGCCACAUAGACCGUCCAGUCUCGAUCGUUUCGAUCAAAGCAGUCGUUUUGAUGAUAUACCAAAACCAGGCUUCUUUGGUAGACAUUGGCCUGUAGCAUAUUUGCACAGAGAAGCACCACCAAAUACAACAGACUCACUAGCCCUGGCGGAUGAUCGCAGAGACCGGAAGUUGAAUGACUCAAAAUUGGAGAAACGAUCCAAUAAUGAGUAUAAUCAAUCAAGAAAUCAAUUAAAGUCGCUACGAUUGAAAUUGGACACAUCCAAUGAAAAUACCGAAGAAUCUCUAAGUGUAUCAAGUAACAAACCGGAUGCAGAUAUUAGUUUCUUUCGAAAAGUCACUGCCAAGUAUCCGGAUGUUGUUACAAGAACUUUGGGAAGUAAUGGAAAAAUUGAAAGAGUAUUCCCACCUCGGAACGAAGCAACAAUUCCGAAGAUAAUAACAGCGGCGGAUAUUAAUUUUGAAAAAUCAAAUUCUACCACUUCCGCUGUCAAGUUUAUCGAAGUUCCACUUCUUUCAUCGAACAGAUCCAAAGUUUUGGAUCCGGAUGAUUAUUUUGAGAUAGUCGAUAUCGAAUAAUUAUUUUGAAUACACUUUCUUUCACCUAAACUCUAUCGAUUUCUUGUGAAUUGUCAAAAGUCCAAAUCUACAGUAUGUAGACAAUAAGAAACUGGUUGCUAACGCAGGUAUUCUAAUAGUAUUUGCCAUAGUUUUGCAGAGGAGUUUUUCGAUGGGUAGAAUUUUGGUGCGUGUCAAUGAAACACCGUAAAUUUUAAGCAGACGUGUAAGCCUUGGCACGAUCCAAAAUGUAUAAGAAAAAAAGUAUGUGUACGAGUUUACAUCUAAAAGCAAAUUAUAAUUAUAAUAUGCUUUUAUCAUAUGAUCCGAGCAUGACACUAAUAAUUAACAUAUGAUAACUCUUAAGUAUUUUAUACCUAUACUGCGCAUAAUAAAGGAAAAUUUUUAUAUUAUACAUUCGAUUACGGAUAAACGGAAAUAAUAUUACUCCAUACAAUAGUUCCAUAAAACUCCGUAAUGGCGCGACGAACGUUCCAAUGAAUAAAUUCUGCAACAUACUGAUAGAUGGCAGAACAGUUGCGCAAAAGAACCAUAGCGCAUUGUUUUAUACGUAAUGCAAGCGUUUCGCACUUGAGAUGUUUAAUUCCUAAAAUAUUGUUUAAAAAAAAAGCUAAAAGUAUUAAUUUUGA